CUCAAUCAUGGUUCUUCUUCUUUCUCCAACUCCCACUUCCAAAUCCAAACAACAAGAACAACCACAACAACAUCAAUCUCAAUCUCAAUCUCAAUCUCAACCUGAACCUCCACUUGUGUUCGACGCCGCCGUCCUUAGCAACCAAACCAACAUCCCAAUCCAAUUCAUCUGGCCGGAAAUCGACAAACCCAAACCAGACUCAUCUGAAGAACUCAUCGUCCCCCUUAUUGACCUCAAAGACUUCCUCGCCGGCAAUGACUCUUCAACCUUGAACCUUUCCACUAUGGUCAAACAAGCAUGUUCAACCCAUGGCUUCUUCCAAGUGAUCAACCACGGCAUCUCUUCCGACCUCCUCACCCAAGUUCAUCGUUGCGCCGACGCAUUCUUCACCAUGCCACUUUCCGAUAAACAAACCGCCCAACGUCUUCCCGGCGAGAGCUGUGGCUAUGCCAGCAGCUUCACUGGCCGCUUUUCUUCCAAGCUCCCUUGGAAGGAGACUUUGUCUUUCCACUUCUCGUCCUCUCCGUCCUCUUCUAAUCUCGUUUCUGACUAUUUGCUCCGUAUUCUGGGUCCUGAUUUCCUCCACUUCGGGGAGGUAUAUCAGAAGUAUUGUGAGGAGAUGAGCAAGCUAUCAUUGGAGAUAAUGGAAGUGUUAGGGUUGAGUUUAGGGGUAGGGAAGGAGAUAUUUAGGGAGUUUUUUGAAGUGAAUGAAUCUAUUAUGAGGUUGAACUACUACCCGCCAUGUCAGAAGCCGGAACUCACUCUCGGCACAGGGCCCCAUUGUGACCCGACAUCUCUCACUAUCCUCCACCAGGACCAUGUUGGUGGCCUCCAGGUUUUCACUGAUGGCAAGUGGCGCACUAUCUCUCCCAAUCCUAACGCUUUCGUUGUUAACAUUGGUGAUACUUUUAUGGCUUUGUCGAAUGGACGGUAUAAGAGUUGCUUGCAUAGAGCAGUGGUGAAUAGCAUGGAGCCGAGGAAGUCUAUGGCGUUCUUCUUGUGCCCGGAGAUGUCGAAAGUUGUUCAACCGCCUCGAGUUCUUGUCGAUAAUGAACAUCCAAGGAUUUACCCGGACUUCACUUGGCCGGCAUUUCUUGAGUUCACUCAGAAACAUUACCGUGCUGAUAUGAAGACUUUGGAUGCUUUCUCUCAAUGGCUUCUCCGAUCCGACACCGAAAACCCGGUCCAACAUUGAUUUUUCUUUUCUUUUCUUUUCUUUUUUCUCUUCUUUUCAUCUUUUUUCAUAAUCAGUUCCUCAGCUCUUCUUCAAAGUUUUGAUGUGAAGAAAAAUAAGACAAAAGGAAUAGGAGUGAAUGGGUAGAAGAAGCUUGGUUUUGUGCA